AUGGCACCACCCACUGCCACCGCCACCGAGGAGGAGCACACCCACCAGCAGUCCAUCAUCAAGAUGAACGUUGCUCCCGCUGUUGAGGAAGAGGAGUUGGAAUCCCAGCUGGAAAGCCUCAGCCGCGGCCCCAAUCCCCUGCGAGGCAUCCCAACUUUCCCCUCCUUCCACGAGCACCGCAAGCACAUUGUCCUGCACAUGGCCGCCGUCUUCCGCAACUGGGCCCGUCACGGCUACACUGAGGGCAUCUCCGGCCACAUCUCCGUCCGUGACCCCGAGUUCCCGGACCUGAUCUGGAUGAACCCCAUCGGCAAGCACUUUGCCCUCCUCAACGGCAGCGACAUGGUCUGCUUGAGGAUCAGCGAUGGUGAAAUUGUCGGCGGUAACCGGACUCGCCCUGUGAAUAACCCUGGCUACUAUAUUCACUCCGAAGUCCACAAGGCGCGCCACAACAUCCACGCCAUCUGCCACGCUCACACCAUCGCCGGCCGUGCCUGGUGCGCCUUUGGCAAGCCCCUUGAUAUGAUCACCCAAGACGUGUGUGAUCUCUACGGCGUUCUCGCCGUGGACACCGAGUAUGCCGGCAUCGUGACCGCCGAGCAGGAGGGCAGGCAGAUUGCAAAGGCGCUUGGCCCCAAGGGUAAAGCUGCCCUGCUUAUCAACCACGGCAUCAUCACUGUUGGGCAGACUGUUGAUGAGGCUGCGUUUUUGCUGGGCUUGGUGGAGCGCAGCUGUGAGAUCCAGCUCAAGGUUGAGGCUGCGUGUGCGGGCAAUCCGAGUUUGAAGAAGAGUAUUAUUCCGCAUGAGUUGGCGAUGAAUAACUACAAGAUGGCGGGGGAGAAGCAUUGGCUAUAUGAGGAGGCUCAGCCGGAUAUUGAGCUUGAGAUUGAGUUGGCGGGAGAAAUCAUCUCGCGAGGCUUGGACGAUGUGAAGAUUGAUACACCAUAA